CAGCCAGUACAGUGUCGUACAGGAACUCCAUUCUAUCGCCAUGAUUCUCUCAGCAGACAAAGAUCUGUGGAACACAUGACAGCAUGAGUCAGGACCGGAGAAUCGAAACUACCCCUCUUAGAAUCUAGCUGCGCAAACCCCGCUCCUUUUACAGACUAUUGUUGAAGCCAACGCAUUGUCUUUGAUUGCUGGAAGAUAAUUCAGAGCGCUGCCGGUUUGUUUUCCUGUACUCCUGCCUGCACACUGCAAAUCAUGGCUUCGGAAAAAUCUGGCCCUGGAGAAGAUACUCUGAACAGUGAUACAGAUUCAACAGACAGUGAUUUCUUGGAAACGGAUUCUUCCUGUGAAAGUGACAGUGACAGUGAAAGCAUUGCAACCACUAUACACCAAAUUUCAGAUGUAGAAGUGAAGAAAAAUAAAGGAUUCCUUGAUAAGAUGCAUGAGUUUGUCACAUCCCAACUUUCAAAAGCCCUAUAUGCCAGUCUUCUAAAUGAUUAUGUUGAAUCAGAGUUCUUUUUGAUUGAUGGAGAUUCUUUGCUGAUCACUUGUAUUAGAGAUGAAACUUUGAAAAAAGGGCAAGAUUUGCAUUUCUUUUUCCUGCUAGAGCGUUUUUUACUAAACAUGAAAAACAAGGGGGCCAUAUAUGUGGUUAUUUUCUUUGAGGAUAUGGAACAUAUGUAUAUGGGCCAAUCUGAUCUCAUUUGCUUGCGUACUCAGCUGAGACUGCACUUGAAAGAAAAUACAGAUACCGUUGUCCAUACCUUUCCAAGUAUAUUAUCAACUGAAUGGAAAAACUUUCUUCUUGAAGAAUGCCCCUAUUUCUUAAUGGUUUCUGAUGAAGGAAUAAAUGUUCAUCAAACAUUAUUUUUACAACUGGUAAUCAUUAAUGCUCUGGGAAACAAAACAAAUGUUGUGCUCACUGCUGGACAGGAAAAUGACCACCUGAGAGUGUAUGGCUACUACGUUGACUCUCAGAUACGUCACCAUACAUUCAUGAAAAAGAAUUCUAGGAAGAUUGCAUCAGUUAUCCCAGCAAUAAUUGGAAGUUCACAGAAAACAUCUUCUCUAAUGCUCUUUCAACAUUUAAAGCCACAAUCUAUGGAAAAACAGGUACAAGAUAUGAUUACCAACCUAUUUACGAUUUUAAAAGAAGGAUCAAACAUAAGGACUAUAAUCACUGUUGUUUCCUGCUCCUUGGUCUUGAAAUUGUUUUCUGAGAAUGGGGAAAGUUUUCCUAUACAGGAUGGCAGAAUCUCCCUGACAUUGAAUGACGUUGCUGAUCUAUGUAGAAUGCAUUGUCUCACUGUGGCCAUUUUGCUGUGUGUGCCUCUUUCUCAAAGAUCACAAAUGAGGAAUAUUAAAGCUGACUGGAAUGAUCAUGCAUCAUUAUUUACAGAUUUGAGAAAAAGUUGUGAAAAUACUGCGCUGAAACUGGUAAAUAGCAUGUCACAAAGCUUGGACUGGAAAAUAGAUUGGACAAAUGUUUCUGAUUUAAAUGAUGACCUCUUGUUGAAGAAUGUAGCAUAUUUUUACGAAAAAGAAACAUUGACAGAUCUGAAAUUUGAUUUUGGAAGUACAAUUGGUGAGAUGUAUACAUUUCUUUGGAAUACAACGUUGCAGUUAAGUCCAUGGGGAAAAGAACUGGAAUCUUCUCAAAUCCGAACCACAUCAACACCUUUUCUUUCAAACGAUUCAUCAUUGAUGGUAAAAACGAAGAAAAUGCCAAAUGCUGGUCUCAUACCCAUGCGUUGUGCUCUAAUUGAAACAUUUGCCGGAGACAUUAUGAAAGGCCUACAAUAUUUAAGCAGCGAUGAUCCAGUGGUAGUUGCACUAAAUGAAGCAAAACCAUAUGAUGAAGUUUUACACUGGCAUACUGGAAAAUCCCUAAGCGAUGACUAUGAUAGGACAAAAGACACACAAGCGGAAGUUAAAGACAAGUGGGGGCUGAAAAAUUAUCAAAAGCUCCAAAACCAUCUGCGUCUUUAUGGAACAUCUUUAGGUUUGACCACACCUACGAAAAUUGUUGUACAGCAUAGUGAGUCGGAGAAGACAAAUAAUGUAAAACAAUCUUUCGGGAAGAAAAAAGAAACACCAAUGAAGAAAAAAGAUCAAAUUAUACAAGAGAAUCAGAAAAAAAAUAAGACCAGAGAAGAAAACAAGGAAUUAGAGCAGUGGAAGUCGAUGGCUAUUGUUCUUAAAAAAGACAUCCAGACAGACUUUUUCUCUGGGAUACAAAAGCAGGAACAAUUUGUUCAUUCUUUGGGAACACAAUCUGUGAAGUUUUGUUCAGAAUUAGCAACAUUAAAAACCUGUGUUGAGGUGUGGCAUGAACACUGCAAAAUGAAAACUGAAGAGCAAAGAGAUAUAAAUAUUGCUGUGGAAAUAAUGAAGAAAAUACAAGUAAUGAUGACCAAUUAUAAGGAAAUGCUGCAGAAGGAAGACCUAGGGAAGAUUGCUCAAUAUCUAAUUGAUCUGGGAUUUAAGAAUUUGGCAUGCACUCUACAACCAUCCAAGGCAACCACCCUUGUAGAUGAGAAGGUAUCCAAAGUUCAAGUUGAGAAGAAAGAGACUAAAUAUGCAGUUGGGUUUGGCUCAUCUAGAUUUCAAAUGCAGUACAUGGGUCCAUACUUAUUAAGAGAUGAAAGGACUGAUCCCGACCCAAGGGUGCAACAUUUUAUACCAGAUACAUGGCAGAGAGAGCUUCUUGAUGUUGUUGAUAAUAAUGAAUCAGCUGUCAUUGUUGCCCCAACAUCGUCGGGAAAGACAUAUGCUUCUUACUACUGUAUGGAAAAAGUUCUGAGGAAAAGUGAUACAGGUGUUGUAGUCUAUGUGGCUCCUACAAAGGCUCUCGUCAAUCAAGUGGUGGCAACUGUAUCGAAUCAGUUUGAUAAAAAUCUGCCAAGUGGUAUGGCACUUUGCGGUGUUUUUACUCGGGAUUAUCGAACUGAUGCACUUAACUGUCAAGUUUUGGUCACAGUGCCACAAUGCUUGGAAAUUCUGCUGUUGUCACCACAUCGUCAAAACUGGGCAAAAAAGAUUGAGUAUAUCAUAUUUGAUGAGAUUCACUGCUUAGGUGGUGAGAUUGGUGCCGAAGUUUGGGAGCACAUGCUGGUUAUGAUUCGAUGCCCAUUUCUAGCUUUGUCUGCAACAAUUAGCAACCCAGAACAUCUAACAGCGUGGUUACAGACAGUGAAACAAUACUGGAAGCAAAGUGAUGAACUCAUAGGAAGUACUAACUUAGCAAAAGGUGCAAACACAGGAAAAAAAUCCAAGACAGUGAAAACAAGGGAAACUUACAGGGUUCGCCUCGUGCUGCAUGACAAGAGGUUCAAUGAUCUGGAAAAAUACAUGUGUUCUGUACAGGAGGGAAAAAUUAAUUUUGAAUCCUAUCACCCAUGCGCAGCUUUAACAACUGAUCAUAUCAAGAAAUAUGGCAUCCCAAAUGAUCUGUCUUUUUCUCCUCGGGAAAGCAUAAGAUUAUAUGACACAAUGGUGACUGCAUGGCCAGAGUGGUCCAGAGUAAAGGAACUGGAUCCAGAAGAGAACAUAUGCUUUAAGGACAAACUACGCAUUACAAAAAAUGAUGCAAACAAAUAUGAAGAUAUACUAAAAAAAGAGUUAAUACUUUGGAUAGAAAAAGGCCAGGAAAACAAGACAAAAAAAGUACUUGAAUACCUUCGACUUGUUGACCAUCCUAAUCAAGUGAACUGCAAGAAAUACUUCCCAAUGCUUGUUGAAGAACUUAGGAAAGAUAAUAAGCUACCAGCUUUGUUUUUUGCCUUUAGUCUUGAUCUAGUGGAAAAUCUGGCAAAAACUUUGCAAAAGUAUUCUGAAAGUAAAUAUGAAGAACUGAAGAGUGAAAAAGAUGAGAAAGAAAUCCAGAAACUUGAAGCACAGACGAAAAAGUUACUAAAGACUAUUAAGGAUGGAAAGUCUGACGUGAACGAAGAUCAGGGAAAAGCAAGGUUAUCAGGCAAAGAUUCUGCAAUGUUGAGAAACAAAGAGCAAUAUGAUAUUUUACACCGAAGACUUGAGAGCAUGAAAAAGAUGCCACCUGAGUGCACUUACGCUGAUGAGACAACUGUAGAUGAAAAGACCUUCAUAACCAUCUGUGAAAAGGUUAGAAAUGAGGGAAAAGGGAAAGUUUUGAAGUCUUUGGCAAAGAUUGGUGUUGGGUAUCAUCAUGGAUCUAUGAAGCCAAAAGAAAGAUUUCUUGUUGAGAUGCUAUUCAGAUUGGGAUACGUAAGGGUUGUGACCGCUACAGGUUCAUUGGCACUUGGUAUCAACAUGCCCUGUAAAUCGGUAGUUUUUCUGCAUGAUUCGAUCUACCUUGAUGCAUUGAACUACAGACAGAUGUCAGGACGUGCUGGAAGACGUGGCCAAGAUUUGUUGGGAAAUGUCUUCUUCUUCACUAUCCCAACUCCUAAAGUAAAAAAACUUUUGAAAUCCAAUGUUCCUCAGUUAAAAGGACAAUUUCCGUUAUCCAUUUCCCUGGUCUUACGAGUAAUGCUCUUGGCUGCAAGAGCAGAUGACACAGAAGAUGCCAAAGCUAAGGCUUUAUCGAUUUUGAAGCACUCGCUGAUGUCAUUUAAACAACCAGUGGAAACACAAAUGCUACAGCUGUAUUGUCUCUUUUCACUGCAUUAUCUAAUUCAUGAGGGAUAUUUAGAUCAGGACUGUAACCCUAUGGCAUUUACUGGACUAGCUACACACUUACAUUUCCAUGAACCAUCAAAUUUUGUCUUUGUCCAUUUCCUUGAGAAGAACUUGUUUCAUGAAUUCUGUCAACCAUGCGAGAAAGACCCAAAACAAUUUCCAAGCAGUGUUAUGGAAAAGCUUGUGCUGAUUUUGGCAAAUCUGUUUGGCAGAUCAUACUUUCUUCAACGUCCUGUCAAAGCUCACCAUUCAAAGGUGUUCCUUGACAACCUCCCAGACACAUUUUCUUUAGCCCUCGCAGAGCGCAAUAUGAAAGUUGCAGAAGUAUUUGGAUCCUGUCUUCUAGCAGCAGCAAAACUGGCUGACAUGACAAAGGAAUAUCAGCUUCCCCUUUCCCAAAUCAACUUCUCAGGUCAAGAGUGUAAAGAUUCCCACCUGCUCGAUCACUUGAUUGAUAGCAGUGUAGAAAGAAAUGGAAUCUCUCCCUUUGCGUGCCUGUCCGGAAAAAGUAAUCAUGAUUUGAUUGCCAUGGAAAAUGCCAACAGUCUUAUGUUGCAAACCGCUCAAAUUCCUGACAAGUACAUUCCAAUACUAAAUCUGGAGAAAACAGAUGGUUCUGGGAGAAAAAUGUUCCUCAAUGCCUAUGCACUAGAUUUCUUCAAGCAUGGUUCCCUGAUAGCAAUUGUAAAAGACAAUGGGUUUAAUGAAGGUGAUGCCUACUACAAAUUAAAAGAUUUUACACUUUCUAUUUCUGCUAUAAGUGUUUCCUUGAGAGAAAUGUGUAAAGAUGAAAAUGACCCGGUUGUCUUGGCUUUUGAACAACUUCAAAGAGAAUACAGGGAAAAACUAGAUGCCGUCUAAGAAAGGUGCAUGGAGUGCAUCCAGCACAAUUCAUUUUGGAUAAAGCUUUCCAAUCCUUCAAAAAUGUAUUUUUCUAAUGAAUGUAUGAUGGGUACCAGCUUUUUUUCUGUUUAUAAGAACAUGUCUAAUCUGAGCACAUUAAAGCAGUAAAUAUCUGUUCAUACGUGUCUUUGUGUCGAUUUUUGUGAAAUCUGGUUAUGUUGUGUUAUAUUUCAACUAUUUAGGUUGACUACAGUUUUUACAUGAUUGCUUUUUAUUUUAGACUUAUUUUAUACCUGUAUUUGUUGCAUGACAAAAAUAUCAAUGUAAUUUUAAUUUUAAA